GGCGCGCGGCGGAAUAUAAACGUCGCCGCGAUUUUCGCGACAUCGCGACGUGGAAUCCGCGUCGCGUCGCGCUCGGUAUCGCGCGUCGAUUUCCGGGGGGGAUUACCGAGGUGAGGGAACGCGGCCGGGGCCGAGAUCGGAUGGCUCGGCGGCCGAUUCGCGGUCGGGGCCGCGUCGCUUGAAAAAAAUCGGUUUCGUCCCGUUGUCUCCCGUCUUCCGUCCUAUUUCCCCAGCCUGUCCCGGUGCCCCCCUCUCUCCCCGUUCCAACGCGUUGUGCUGCAGUCCCCGAUCCGUGCCGGUACGACUUUACCUCGCUGGCGCGCGUUCCCUCGUGUCUAGUGUUGUCGCACAUCGCACACGUCUGCACACGCCACACGGCUGGCGCCUGGCUGGGUCGUCGACGGUUCGCGCGGACUCGCCUCGCGCUGGAUGACGCACAUUUACUGGUAGAUCGCAGGGAUCACAACGACGGGCACGAUCCUGAGAAUGCGGGAGUAGAUUCCGCGGCACGCCGACGAUUCACGACUCACGACGCGUAUACCGGAGUAUACCAUACCCGCGCGGAGAUACCAUGGAAUAUGGUAUUAAGUUUUCGAGUGUCUGAGCUUCAGAUGCUUCUUGGUUUCGCCGGUAGAAAUAAGUCCGGCAGAAAGAACGAGUUACAAGCGCGUGCAUUGGAAUUGUUGCGCUUAAGAUCGCACCCAGCUAUUCGACUCAAAAUACGUGAAUUGUAUAAAACGAUACAGGCAGACCAAAUGUCAUCCCAUCAAAUGUAUGGACAAACUGGUAGUUCCUCUGAGCCACAAAUAGACCAAAAUAUGCAUAACAGAAAUUAUUAUUCCACAAGGCAAGCGAUUAGCCAACAGCAACAACAACAAGCGUCAGUUUCUGCUGGAAAGGAAUUGACUCCGGCGCAUCAAGCAUCUUUACCUCAGGCACCUAGGACCAAUCCAGUAUAUCAGUCAACCGGUUACACUAGUGUAACGCCACAGCGUACUACAAAUGCGGCAUAUAAUCCGUAUCAGCAAUCUGUUUACCCAACCAAAGUUUUACCGGGUCCAAUAAUACAACCUACAAGCCAGUACCCGGUUCAUCCAGAUGUUAGGCUGAAGAAACUUCCAUUUUUCGAUUUAUUAGGCGAAUUAUUGAAACCUUCUAGUUUAAUGCCACAGGGAUCGAUAAGAUUGCAAGAAAACACAUUCUUGUUCCAUUUGACGCCACAACAAGCGACGGACAUUGCCAGCUCACGUGACUGUCGAACUGGCAGUAAAAUGGAUUAUGUUGUACAGGUACAAAUGCGAUUCUGUUUACAAGAAACAUCAUGCGAGCAGGAAGAUUAUUUCCCUCCAAACAUUGCAGUAAAAGUUAAUGGGAAAUUGUGUCCUUUACCGAAUCCUAUACCUACUAAUAAACCAAGUGUAGAGCCGAAGAGACCACCACGACCUAUUAAUAUUAGUCCCUUGGUAAAAUUGUCGCCUACUGUUGGAAAUGAGAUUCGUGUCACAUGGUCUGCUGAUUAUGGUAGGCGAUACGCAAUUGCAGUAUACCUCGUCAGAAAGUUAUCUAGCGCGGAAUUACUCAGUAGAUUAAAAAAUAGAGGCGUAAGACACUCCGACUACACUAGAGGAUUAAUUAAGGAAAAAUUGAACGAAGAUGCGGAUAGUGAAAUAGCUACCACGUCACUGAGGGUAUCGUUAGCCUGUCCUUUGGGAAAGAUGAGGAUGAGUACGCCGUGUCGUGCGUCGACUUGUUCUCAUUUGCAAUGUUUCGACGCUUCUUUGUUUCUUCAAAUGAAUGAACGAAAACCUACUUGGAACUGCCCAGUCUGUGACAAGCCGGCGCUUUAUGAUAAUCUUGUAAUUGAUGGAUACUUUCAAGAAGUUCUUAAUUCAAAUAAGUUAUUGCCAGACGUGAAUGAAAUUCAAUUACUUCAAGAUGGUUCGUGGGAGAAUUUAGUACUAAAAAAAGAAAAGGAUAAAGAUAAGGAAAAAAGUGAAGCAAAACCUGUGGCUGAUUUACGGGACAAUAGUAAAAUUGAUGUAGACACAGUGGAUUUAGAUGAAAGCAAUCCUCCGGCACCAAAGGAGAAGAAACGUGCUGUUAUUAUCGAUUUAAUAUCGGAUAGUGAUGAUGAUGAUGAAGAUAAUACGCCGACUCAAAGUACAAAGAAAUCAGCUAGUGGCAUUUCAUCGCCAAAGAAAUCGCAGACCAGCUCCAUUAGUAGUACAAGUGAAUCGCCAGAAUUGAUGAUAAUCGAUUUAGAAUAAAGGAUUGUUUGAUAUGAGACAUACUACGGAAUUUAUGGAAAAAAUUAUUAUUUUUUUUAUAAAGAACUCGACAAUCUUGUUUCCUUCGUCCAUAAUUUUAGUUGAAAGCUCUGCAUGUUAUAUUAAUUAAUUAUUUUCGAGGAAGUUUAAAAUAAAUAGAGACUUUCAUUUAUUGUAACUUUAAUAACGUUGCAUUCCCAUAUACAAAUACAAUUCACAUAUUUUAUUCAAUCUCAUUUGGCAAACAAUGUAGUGCCAAAUUUGAGUCUGAUGAGACUGCAAUAAGCGAGUAU